GUGCAGUGAGAGGUAACCUGGCGAGUGGUAGUGGGGCUUCUCUGGUGCUGUAGCUCACGUUUUGGUACUAGAGGCCGAGACUUUUGGCGACGACUACUUCUGCGGCGACGGCUCAGGCUCUCGAAGAAGUGGCAGAGUACGAUCUGGAGGAGGGGCUUCUCGUCAGCCCAGGUUCUAUCAUAAUGAAUGUAUCCAGUGUGGCUAAUACAUCACCCAGUGUAAAAUCCAUAGAGGACCAGGGGCUAAAGGGGCACGAGGAGAAGGAAAACCCAUUUGCAGAAUACAUGUGGAUGGAAAACGAGGAGGAUUUCAACAGACAGGUGGAGGAGGAACUGCAGGAGCAAGAUUUCUUGGACCGUUGCUUCCAGGAAAUGCUGGAUGAAGAAGACCAAGACUGGUUUAUCCCGUCACGAGACCUGCCUCAGGCUAUGGGACAGUUGCAGCAGCAGUUAAAUGGACUGUCAGUCAGCGACGGUCAUGAUUCUGAAGAUAUUUUGAGCAAAAGUAACCUGAAUCCGGAUGCCAAGGAGUUUAUUCCAGGAGUGAAGUACUGAGCCGGCAGAAAGCUUCAAGGAGGCUUUCUCUGUCCCCACAUCUGGGAAUGCUGAUCACAAAAUGGCCAAGCUGGGGGUGGGGGGUGAGGGGUGCAGAGUGGGGAAGGGGUGAUGGUGGUUUAACUUGAUACUGUGACUCUGAGUAACUAAUGUGCUCAGUCUUAAUCUCCAAGCCUCUGAGUAUUUCUCUUCUGUUCUACUGCCUUUUCAUUUGGAGCAGUUUCCUGUUUUGUAUUUGUUAUUCAUUAGCUCUUAAGUUAAGGAAAUUGCAGGUUUUUCCCCCUUCAUCAGGAAUGUUCUGCUGUGUGUGUUUAAACAAAAUAAGCUGACCAAGAAAAACCAGGUGUUUAAGAAAUGCCCUUCUCGCGCCACUAUAUACCUGCCAGGGGCAGCGAACACCUGAAGAGCCACCUGUGGAGUGUGUCCGUCUGGCUGGUUGGAAAGUGGAAGAAGCAGCCCAGAACAUGGGCUCAGCCCCUGGAGCAUCCUCAGAUAAACUGGGAUACAAGACCCACGGAUCCCUGCCCUGAGCCCCAUUCAGGAAAACAGACUUUCAGUUCUCGGUUUACAGUAAGUCUUGAUAGUUGAUGAAAGGUGUCAAUCAGAAGGGGAGGACCAUGAUGGUGACUGUCACGUCACUUGUUACUGUUCUGUUCUUAAGCCUCUGUUUCCAGCUACCAUCGGACUCAUUUGCAAGGUAAAAUAAUAGUGCCAGGGUUCACUCUGCCCCUCACGUGUCAUUCCCGUGUCCUUACCACCCCACCCCGACCCUUGCUCAGUUUUUAAGAAGAGUGUUAACCAAAGGUGUAAGAGCCAGCCUCACUGGCCAUAGGCUUAAGCCUGGAGAAGUCAUCUUUGAAUCCUAUUGGUUGUGUCCUAAAUUUAUUUGGACAAGAUUUUUUUCCCCAGCUUCAUCCACACUUAGUUUUCCUGGUAUCUUAAUUCCUUCAGAGAUUUAUGUACUUUUUCAAAGAAACAUAUUUUCAGAGUACUGGCAAGAAGCUCAGUUCACUCACAGUUUGGAUACUUCUCCUCACCUUAGAGAAUUAUCCAAAGGAGCUCAGAACACCUAGCAGAGUGGGCCUUGCUUGACACACAUGGCCACGAACCAGCUCGCCUAUGUACUUUCAGCUACUACGAAAUUUCAUUGUUCCCACAUAUCAGCUGUGCAAAUUUUUUAGAUUGGCCUCUCUGGGUGUAUUCCUUCUGUCUUUGGGGUUUCACUGGGGUUUUGUUGAUAACUCACUGGGGUCUUUUGUUGCUACUCCUAAGGAACUGAGCCCAACCUCAGGAGCUGCCUUUAUAGAGAGAUGUGGGUGACAGUCGUAUAGAAGAGGGCGUGCCUAGUCCUGGUCCUUCUUCCUGGACAAGGACUUGCAGAGGCCUGAGGGUGAUGGUGGCUUCUGUCUGACUGCUGCUGUACUGUGUGAUUUGCCCGUGAGGAAAAGGUCACGUAACUUGAAAUAAAGUCAGUGUAGGUUCAGUAUGUGAGUGUGGGACAGAGGUUGGAAGGAAAGGACUAGGGUCUGGAAAGCUGAAGGAAUUCUUUUUCUUAUGAAGUCCUUUGUUGACUUUUUGAAUAGCCACAGGCUAAUGUCAGAUUUAAAAGACAAAUUUACAUCUUUUCCCUCAUUCGAGUCUCUAGGGUGGUGUAUUUGAAAAAUGGCCUUCAUGUUAGAUGACAUGUCACAGACGAGCGGCUUAGGGAACUUGUAUUGCCAAGCAUGCAUAUUAACUCCCAGAGCCUCUAUGUCAGAAGAGUGGGCUGUAGACUUUACUUCAGGGAAGACUGUGCAUGAAGCAGCAUCUUUAUUCCAGCUUCAGCUUUCAGCUAGGGGUUGUUUCCUCUAUGGAGAAGACAUGGAAGUAGAUAAAUGGAGGAAAUCUCUUUUCUGGGGCUACUUUUUCACCUUCAGUCUCCAUUAGCCUGUCUAAGCUGAGAAUUCUGAAGACUGUUGGAAAUGUGUUACAAUUACAGAAAGAGCCAUUUUCAACACUGGGCAUCUCUGUCACAACCAGCACAAUGGAUUCUUGUUUGGAUGCCCAUCUAGAAACUAACAGGGAUCCAAGAUCGAGCCAUUUAUCCUAAAGGUUUGCUCUUUUGGUACCAAAGAGCAACUGAGCUACUAGGUCCUGUCCGAAGGGCCCCCCUUGCCUUCUGCUGUGCUGGUCCAACUAGGAUGUCGGUCUUCAGCUGGGCUCACAGGUAUAUUUGGUCGGGAUAGGACAGUGUUAUGUUAGAUAAGCAUGAACUCUGAGGGCUGAAGUUUCCACUCGUAGCCAGGCACAGAGUGCGCCAACUUGAGGAUCAGAAAGCACCUGGCAAGGGGAUCCUUUGUAACAUGUAGGACCGAGGUUCCAGUGGUCCCUCUUGUAGCCCCCUCUUCUCACCAUCUGCUUUUUAGUGUGAGGUGGGAACCCAGGUGCCACCCAGAUCACAGGCUCAGCUAUAGUUAAGUUUACCAACUUCACAGCCGCACUGGUGCUCACAGCUGUGACACUGUGCUCCUCGAGUUUGGACCACAUGGGAGGCCCAGGUUCGAUUCUCAGUCCAACCUAAAGGUCAGGUGCAGCAGCCAGUGUCUGAGAUCCCAGCUGGGAGGCUGAGAGGCCGAGGCAGAAGCAGGAUACAGCAAGACCCUGGCUAAAACAAAACAGAAACACAGUGGUUGGAGUUUACCAACUUCUUAGUUAAAAAUGCAUGCAGGUCUGGUUGGAUUUUACUGGGGAAGGGCUGGAAGGUCUUCAGAGCGCUCUAGGAACUUGCCACAAGUUGUAGGCCUCUGACUUUUCCCUCAUAGGAUGUUCUGAGUUCAACCCAGGCUGGACGCUUUUACCCUUUAAUGGUGAGGCUAGUAUUUAUAGGUAAUAAUUUUGAUUUUGAAUUUAAGUCACUCUUCUAUUUAUUGACAACUGGAAGUUUGAGAAUUUGUAUAGAAACGAAAUAUGUAUUUUUAACAGCUGCCGAUCUGGCUGAUCCCAAUAUUAGGUUUUUAAUGGUUGAUUUUUAAUUAUUGGGAUUAUUCAACUCUAAAACUCCAAGGUUAAAGUAAUUGGUCUCUUUCUCUUCAAGGGAGAAAGUAAAUAAAUAAAUAAAGGAA